CUGGCCAGUUUAAAUGUCGGCUGCAUAUCAUGAGUUUUAAACACGUUUGAGCGGGGUUUUUUUGGGAGGCAGAAGGGAGUCAGUUUAAAUUUCUGCCCUCGGACAUGCGUUUCCACGUUAUCGUCGCAACUGUUGUUUGGUGUGGUUUCGUAGACUCGCGGAAAAUAAGAGGAAUAUCUUCGUCUUACAAACGAUUCUACAGAGAGAGGAAGUCCUUUCUGUGCAUCGAUGGCUCGAAAAUCAUCCCCUUUGAGCAGGUGAACGAUGACUACUGCGACUGUGAAGAUGGCUCUGAUGAACCAGGAACGUCAGCCUGUCCUCGUGGUCGAUUCUACUGCACCAAUCUAGGUUUCCGCCCACACUACAUCCCAUCAUCGCGAGUCAAUGAUGGCAUCUGUGAUUGCUGCGACGCUUCAGAUGAAUACAACAGCCACGCUCACUGCCAGAACACUUGCUGGAAUCUGGGACAGAGAGAGAGAGAGUAUGUGGAGGGCCAGAUGAGGACCUUGGACGAGGGUUUGCGACUCAAGCAGCAACUGAUUGAGGAGGGAGUGCUGCUCUGGAGGGAGAAGCAGGCCCAGCUCAGAGAGCUUCAGCAGGCAGCUGAGGACCUACAGAUCAAACUUGAGGAACACAGGAGGAGGAAACAUGAGGCGGACCGACUCAAAGAGCAAACACUAAAGGCACUGGAAGCGGGUGACAGUGGUCUCAGUCGUCAGAACAGCACAGUAACCAGCAUCUUCCAGUUACUGGACAGCAACAGAGAUGGCAGUAUAACAGUGGAUGAACUCCAGGCUAAAGUGGCCCUAAUCCAUGACGAGGAGCGGGUUCUUUCUGAGGAUGAAGCAGUGGCUUUUUUGGGAGGAGGUCGUCAGAUGGACCUCAACAAGUUUCGACACACACUCUGGGAAAUCCUGACAAAAGGAGACAGCGUCAAGAUCAAAGACACGCAUGGUGCACCAGACAGUCUUAUGGGUGAAGAUCCUCACUUAAAAGCAGCUGACAGAGCUGCAAAGUGGGAGGCUACCAAUCUGAAGAAGGUAGAAGAGGCCUAUGAUACAGUCAGCAUGGAAAUAAGUGAUCUACAGAAGAAGCUGUCCAUAGACUAUGGAGCAGAUUGGGAGUUUCUGUUUUUGAACAGCCAGUGUUACAUGCUGAAAGUAUAUGAGUAUACUUAUACCCUGUGCCCAUUCAAUGAAGUCACACAGAAGAACACUGCAGGAACAACUGUCUCAUUAGGGAAGUGGGGGAUGUGGGCAGGGACACCAAAGAACCAGUACAGUCAGAUGGUGUAUGAGAAUGGAGAGCCCUGCUGGCAAGGAGGCUCACGCAGUGCUACAGUCACACUGACAUGCGGAACAGAGACAGCCUUGCGAUCGGUGAAGGAGCCCAGCAAAUGCCAGUACAUCAUGGACUUUCAGACUCCUGUGGCCUGUCAGCCGGUGCUAAAGCAGCGGGGCAUACACAGUGAACUGUGACCCCUUCCCUUACUGGCCUAGCCUAGAUUAACUUAGCCUCCCCUCGAUAGCUAGCCUGCGGUGACAGGCUGGGGUCCUGAGGGUCCCCUCUGACAUCUGUGUUGUCAGAACAUAUAUACUUCUAAGCAAGUCUUGCUAAGGUCAGAACCUGAUUUUUAGCAACACUGUUCUGAGACCACUUUAGUUUUCAUUGAUUGUUACAGUGCUGUUUUGUUUCUGUUACAAUAGUAUUGGAAUGCAGCAUUUAUUGAAUGAUUUAGUGAACACAAGUAUUAAUAACAUUGCAGUAUAUUCCUUACAAGAGUUUACAUUUAAGGCCCAACAAGAUUAUUAUUGGCAUUAAAUAAAAUGCAACUACAAGAGAUCAGCUGCAGUGUGUAAUGACAUUGCCACUAAUGUAACUGCAGUGUCAAAUUACUGCAUAUUCAUAACCACAAAAGAAUGACCCUUCCUUCUACUUUGUUAAAGUGGUUGUUGUUGUUUUUUACAGCCUUAUGUAACUCUUAAUCUUAUCUUGUCAAAUUUUUUUGCCAAUAAAUCCAUGGUUGUA